CACACUCACACUCACACACUCAGCUUUCUUUGAACAGUAGUGGACACAGUUGGAGCUAACCUUGGUGCGGGACUUGUUUUUCUGUUGGAGUCUGCGGACUCUUUCACACCAACAUGUUUCCAAAGACUCGUCUGGGAAAGCGUUCUCCUCUUGGAACGUUGGUGAGCUCCACCUGUCCGGCAGCGGGAGCACACACGAACCCAGAGACAGGUGAGAUUGGUGUCACCGUGACAGUGGCAGCGGCAGCUGGACAACAAGCCAUCAACAGGGUCAGAGGUCAUCCAGGACUGAAGGUGUAUUUCCAGUGCCGAGGACGACGUGAAUUUCCAGGUGUGGUGGAUCAGUCGGACGCAAUGCAGAGUGAUUUUUGUGCCUGGUCUUCGUCUCAUCCCUCCUCCUCCUCAGCGCCUCCGUCCAGCAGCAGAUCUGUGUCCUCCUGCAUCGAUGUCCCCCAGAGUCACAGGAGUCCCGAGGAGGUGGAGAUGGAUGAGUUAAUGGCAGCCAUGGUUCUCAGCAGUUUGUCCUGCAGCCCUCUGCUGCACAGUCCUGCAAACCCAGAAACAACAGGUACAACGGCAAACAGCUGCAACAACAAGGGCAGGAGGGGGGGCGGCAGCUGUGGAGGCCCAGCACCCUCUCCGCCACUCGCAGAGCCUGAUGCUGGCCUGGCCACGCCCUCCGAUGAAGGACUAGACAUGGAGCUGGAGCAGGUGCUAUUUGAUGAGCCGGCACCGCGGAAACGCAAGAACUCGGUGAAGGUGGCCUACAGGUGUCUGUGGCCCAGCUGUGGGAAGGUGCUGACGUCAGUAGUGGGAAUCAAACGUCACAUCAGGACAACACACCUGUGUCGUGGUGGGGAACACGAGCGAUGUUCCCGCAGUGAGGAGGACUUUUACUACACUGAGAUCAACCAGUGGGACCAGUGGAACCAGUCUCCUCCACAUCCACUCAUCUAUGGCCCCACUCCCGCUUCACUCCCCUCCUCGCCUCCCAGCCCUCCCCCUCCAUCUCCCCCCUCUCCACCUUGUGGCGCCUUGAGCUGCUCCGCCCCCUCCUCACCUGACAGCUUCUGGCAAGUCCAGUCAGAGCACUCCUAUCAGGCUCUGCCUCCCGGCCACGUGGUUUCAGCAACAGUUCCGAGCACAGCUACCUGUCGCUGGACGGCCCCGCCCACCACCUGCAACAGCAGACAGGGUUUGUCAUUUCGAGUGCGUUCAGUCAGUCUAGGAGAGCAGUGGCUGCAGCACCACAACACCCCCUGCAGGAGGAUUCGUGGUGAGGCCAAGAAGUGUCGUAAAGUUUAUGGCAUCGAGCACAGAGACCAAUGGUGCACGGCCUGUCGCUGGAAGAAAGCCUGCCAACGCUUCCAUGACUGAGCAAGAGGAGCAUGGGCACAAAGAAGGACUGUUAGUGAGAGCUGAACUGCGCCUGGGGGAUGUUCUAAACUUUUCCUGUAUCUGAAACCAGAAAACCGUUUUAUACUCGUACUAUAUUUGCAAGAAGUGUUUUUAUUUUUGAAUGUGCAGUUAGUGGCUUUUGUCAUCUUAUGGCAGAGAUGCACCAAGCUGACGUGAGGAGGUGCCCAGCUUGCAGCUGUCAAAUGCUAACACUUUUUGGCACUAUUUACAAGCAGCAAAGCCGCUGAUAAUGGUGCUCUCACUGUAACCACACCAAAUUUCACCCAUACGUCUGACUUGGCCUUUGAUGAUGUGCUGUCCACAACUGUGUAUUCACCACUGGCUAUUUUUGCUUUUAGGGCAGAGACGCACCAAGCUGACGGUCGGCCAUCGGCCACUGUCAGGGCUCGUCUUCCCUGUGUGUCCUGCACCGUUGGCACUAGUCGGUGGCUUUUUGAACGAUUCAACAUGUUGAAUUGGCGGUCAGGUCUCAUCAGUGAGAAAGAGACCACUCUGAUUGGCUGGUGAACUUAGCGAAUCAGAACGGUUCAGGAAAGCUCCUUCAGCCUUUUGUUAUAAUGUCCAUGAUUUCACACAUUUAGUGCGGUUUUUCACCUCCAUGACCUCCUUUCUUCCUCCACAACCAAAACACCGAGGGCAGAGAACGGCAGUGUCACUGGUUAUCAGACGUAUUCUCGAAUCGAAGCAGCUAAAAACAGCAGCUGUGUUGAACGAGAUAUGUUUAUUGCUUAUACUUUGGCGUUCUAGCUCUUCUUCUUUCCCUUUCUGAAUGGUGAAUACACACACUGCCACCUGCUGGUGGGGUGCGUAUUUCUGUCACCUAGCAGUAUAUUUUGUUGGAAGACUUAAAUAUGUGAUCAAGCAUUUUAGUGGCGUUUAGUAUCAUCAUUUCCUUACACAAAUAGAAAACAUUUCCUUCAAUGUGCAUUGGAUGUCACUGAGUUGUUUAGAACCCUAACAGGGCUGUUUUAACAAGGCUGUAAUUGGUGCAGUGUCUCCACUGCUUUUAAAGGGUCAUUCCGUGGUUCUUGCACAUCACUAUCAGUGACCUAAUCCUGGUUUGUCCUCUGACUACAGAUGUCUAACACACAGGAAGCUGUGGAGUUGAAAUGUGACUGUUUAAUAGGCAUGCUGAUUAAAACCUCUGUCCAUCUGUGUUAUGGGAAAUGUAGGAGCCAGUGUUUUCAGAGAACUCGAAUCAUGAUUUCUCCCCCCUCAGCCCUUUUUUUUUUUUUUUUUGAGCAGUAUUUUUAUGGUAGCAGUGCAGCUUUGCUGUGCCAGGGCCUUUAUUUGCUCUGAACUCUGCAAUAAUUCACACCACACUGAUUUAUAUUUUGAAGCCAUCAGUUAAUUCAUCACAUCAGGUGUCAAAUCUCAUCUUGUUCUGCACCUCAGCUAGACAGCAUACUCCAAGACAUGUCACUGUAAAUAUCACCAUCGUUAUUUCACAUCAGUCCUUCACUUGAGAUGUUUUUGUUUGGAAAAGGAAGCCAUUUACUCUUCUCUGUGGAAACCACAGGCACUAUUGAUCGAGGCUUAAUUACAAAUAGCAAUACACACUGGUUUACAUUGCAAUAUAUAUUUUUUUAUGUCUCCUUUCCCUGGUAUAUAUACUGUCCAAAUAUCCAAUACCCUCUAUUCCUGAAGCUUUUUGUAAGUUUUUUUGUUUUUUUUUUGGUACAAAAACAGGAUUCUUUGCAAUAAACACACAAAUAUCAGUUUAUAUUGCCUUUUCCUGUCUGCGCAAAUGCUGAUCAUUUUUAUGAUGCACUCUUUAUACAGGAUGUGAAAUUUGAAGUUGAAUUAAAUUGUA